GUUUUCAAUUGAACCAUAUAAGCUAAUUGAAUCAUAUAAGCAAAUCAUUAUUAUUAUUUAGCAAGUAUAAUAAUAUUUAAGAGUAUGUAAUUGUUUGACUAUUUUUAAAUAUACGACUUUAAUAUAAUUUGAAGAAAGGCACUUUAUUUAAAAUGGCUACUACACCUUUAUCAAACUUCAGCUAUGACUAUGACUAUCCAAUAGAUGACGUAUUUGAAAAUGAAGAUGAAGCUGAUUACGAAAGAUUCUACGCAUUAAGGACAAAAGCUCGUACUUUUAUGGCGAUUACAGAUAUCACUAAAUUCUUCUUAAAUUUAGGCGUACUCAUAAUAAAUAUUUAUUUUAUAGUAAUUGUUUGCAGAAACAAAAAUUUAAAAACCAUCAAAGCAAAUCGGUACUUAAUGCAUUGUUCUAUAUUUAAUAUUUUUAUGUGGGUUUCGGAGCCAAUAUAUGAAAUUACAAUUAGCCUUUUUUAUUUAUACCCUUAUUUUGGUUGGGGUAUGUACUGUGUUACAAGACAAUUUCAGGCUACUGGUGUAAUUGGUAUGUUUUUCUGCAUGUUCGGUAUUGGCUUAGAAUGGCUUUUAGCGGUAAAUAAAACCGACAUGAAACCUCUUGUACAAAAAUUUUAUGACCAUUCUAUCCUUAUUAUUUAUUUGCUUUGUAUUACGAAAACUAUCCUUGACUAUAUUAUUUGCCACAAUACUUAUUAUACUCUAACUAACUAUAUAGACCACGUUUUACUUUUUGGUUUACUGGCAUUUGUCAUUUACUGCAACAUUAAAAAGAAAAAUUUGAAAGCCAAAAAUUCUUAUUUAUUAUCUGUAAUAAACUUGUUUAUAUUCUCUUGGAUUCCUAUGUAUUGCUACGACAUUUUAAAUAGAGUAACGAGCAAGAACUAUACUAUGAGAUUUCUUUUAUUGGUUACCUCUUUCCUACCAGAAUAUUUAGCGUACGGGUGCCCUAUUUUAAUUUUUAUUUGGUUAGGCAGGAAAAACAAAUAUUUUAAAGUUGCCUAUCGAAAAUCGUGCAGUUGUUGCACUUGCUGUAGAGCAAUCAGUGAUUACAGCGGCGACGAUGAAACUUUUGAGGAUUCUGAAGAAAUGGAACAUGAGGAAAAUGUUGAAAAUAUGUCAAAUAAUGCAACACUUUUGUAAACAUUAUAAUAUACAAUAAAUGUUAUUUGAUAAAAUAAAUAAAGGGUCAGAGGGAAAAACGAUGAAUGUCAAUGUUUGGUCAUUUUACUAUUUUUGUGCAAUCUGCUAGCUUAGAAAGAGUACUAUAAACAUUAUACAUGUGAAUGGCCAAUGGGAAAUAACGAUGAGAAUCGUCUUAAAAACACGUCACAAGAUUGGACGUAAGGGGGAAAAACAAUGAAUAUGUAACUUUGUUUCUCAUUUUACCGAAAAUGCUUCCAGAUAGACAUUCAUCGUUCUUCCCCUUGACCCUUCAAAUGUC